GUAUGCGCGCGUAUAAAUGAGAGUGCAUUUGAGAGAGAGAAGAGGAUAAGAAAGGAUAGAGAGGUUGAUAGGGAGAGAGACAGACAAAGGGAAUGAGAGAGAGAGCCUGAGGUAGUCAGUGAGUUAGUCAAUAAUGCUACAACACUCCAUCCACCACAUAGAAAUAGGAGUACGUGAGAACGGCGAGGAAUUCGUGUUGGAACUCUGUAAGAAGUUGGGGCUAUAUCGAGCUGGUUACAGGGAGACGGUUCACAGUCGACAAUGGCUAGUGAGAGCCAACGAUUGGGUGCAGUUGCUGGUCACCGAAAUACGCAGCUCACCACCGGAACAAGAACAACAAAAUUGCGCUCACUCGGACCAGCAACGAGGCAAGGCGAUAGCAAAUGACCCUUAUUUAGUUCUAUGGGACCAGGACGUGGAUGAAGGUGGAAGGCCGGUUAGAAACAGCGUGUUCAACGUGUGUCUGACCGUGAAGGACAUCCAGCGACAGGUGGAAAGGUUGGAGAGAUGUGGUGCCAAGAUGGAGAAACCGGUGACGGUUAUGUCCGAUGCCGACGGAGAAGUGAAAGUAGCCAUGGUGAGAUCGUGCCUCGGCAACGUCGUGCACACGUUAGUCGAACGACAGCACUACAGCGGGUUUUUCUUACCCGGUUUCACGUCGAUCCGGCGACAGGAUGUAAAAACGGACGAUGGAUACGAGAUUCGACCGCCGACACCACCGAGGAAUCGCAUUACACAUGUUGACCACGUCACGUUCGCCGUUGAGGUGGAUACUUCACAGGACAUCAUCGCUUGGUAUGAAAAUGCGUUCGGCAUGAAACGAUUUUAUGUGAAUAGUGCAGAAGAUGAUGGAGAAGGCUUUGUGAUCAACCUUCCAAACAUGGCCCUCCGUUUGAAGGCCUUCGAGUACUGGAAGUGUGCUGAGACAGGGGUCUCCUCCAACACAACACUUCACCAUCACAGCAAUGGUGAUGUGGGUGUCAAUGAUGAUGACGAUGAUGGAUGUAAUAAAUUGCUAUUUGUCAUCGCUGAAAGCUUGAAAGACUCAGAACCAAACCAAGUGGACACAUUUCUGAAGGAUCACAAAGGUCCAGGGAUCCAGCAUGUUGCCCUUCAUACAGGGAACAUAGUCGACACUGUCAGCCGUCUGAAACAACAGGGUCUACAGUUUGUGGACCCUCCACAUACUUAUUACAAAGAGAUAAAUGGAAUGUUGAAAGAUUUAAACAUGAAGGAAUCAGUUUCAAGACUGGAAGACCUCGGUAUCUUGGUUGAUGUUGAGUAUGGUAAUGACAAAAACCACGGUGACAAAAAGGCAAAGUAUCUGCUGCAGAAGUUUACGAAACCAAUCUUUGAGGUGAACACAUUCUUCUUUGAAAUCAUCCAAAGAAUGGGAGCCACAGGGUUUGGUGCCAACAAUAUCAUAGCGCUCUGGAGGUCCCUACAAACUCUGCUACAGACAGAACAACAACAACAACAUGAUGUGUGAUACUUACACACACACACACUUUCACUCAAACACACACAUAUGAAUAUAUUAUUGCCUGUGGUGGUGGUGGUGGUGGUGGUGGUGAUGGUGAUUGUGGUGCAGAACUAAGUUAGUAGAUACUUGGGUGAGUGGGGAGGUGAGUUGAGUGUGAGAGGGGGUGGGUGUUGCGGAGUUAGGUGGUGUAAUUGAGCAUGAGUGGAGGUGUUGAGGAGUUGGAUGGUAUAACUGAGUGUGAGUGGAGGUGUUUUGGAGUUUGGUGGUGUAAUUCAAUGUGAGAGGAGGUAUGCUGUGUGUGAAUUGUAACUGUGUCUAAGUGGAGUGGUGUUGUAACUGAGUGUGAGUUGAAAUGUUCUAGAGUUUGGUGGUGAAUGAGAGUGAGGGAUAUUGUAGAGUUGGAUGGUGUAACUGAGUGUGAGUGGAGGCAUUGAAGAAUUGAUAGAUAACUGAGUAUGAGUGGAGGUGUGUUGUAGAGUUGGGUGAUAUAACUGAGUGUGAGUGAGAAGUGUUGUAGAGUUGGGUGGUGUAACUAAGUGUGAGUGGAGGUGUUGAGGAACUGAGUGUGAGUGGAGCUUGUGUGGUUUUAGUUAUUAAUCUUUAUUAUUGUUUGUUUCAUUCAUUACUUUAUCACAAUGUACCUUGUCGUAAGACUGCUGAGUGAAGGCUAACUUAGGGGUCACACACCACUGCCAACACCACCAUCAUUACAGCAACCACCAGCACCUCAAUGUCUAAAGAAUAUUUUCCAAAAAAUAAAAUGUUCUGUUUUUGUUUUCAAA